CCGACAAAGAAUAUUUUCGAUAUAGAAUUCGUAAGAAUUUUAAAAAAAACAGGGAUUUAAUCGAUCAAGCUGAAAUUGAUUUCCAACUACAGAAAGGGCAAAAACUAUUGCAAAAUCAACGAGUAGUGUAAAUGCGUAAUGUCUAGCCUCGUACAAAAAUUAUUAAUUGUAAGUAGAACUUGUUUUGAUCAAUCCUGCGCUACUACUUGUGUGUUACCUUUGAUCGAUCAAAGAAUAAGUAAGAAUAAUGUAAAUGUAAAUAUAACUGAACAAAUUCGAUACAAAUCGUAUAAACGGUUUUUGGAUUAUUCGAAACUACCGAAACUCGAGGAAAACGAGCUAGAAGAACAGCACGUGAGAGGAUCCGGACCAGGUGGACAAGCAACCAAUAAAACGUCGAACGCGGUAAUCUUGAAGCACGUGCCUACAGGCUUGGUCGUAAAAUGUCACGAAACGAGGAGCCUGUCCCAGAACAGGAAAAUUGCUAGAGAGCUGCUGUUGAAAAAGUUAGAUAAUCUAAUUAACGGCGAAGAGUCUCUCGAAAAACAAGAGGAACGAUUAAGCAAAAGAGAUUCCAUCAAGAAGCAACAAAAACAAAAGAAGAUGACAGAUUUGAAGAAAGCGUUCGAAGAACGAGAAAACUUAAAAUAAUCAAUAGAAAUAUGUAAGACAUAAAUAAGCAAGCGUUAAAUAAAAUGUAAUCGAGUCGAAAUCAGU